AUGUGGUUUCGAAAUUUUCUAGUUUUUGUUAUUUGGUUUUUCUUCGAAGUCAGAGCGAAUGAUCAUGAAUGUAAAUGUAUUCUUUUUAAUGCGACAAGCGGACAAUUUCAUUCACCAGAAUAUCCAGCACAAUUACAGAAUGUUCGAUGUUUGUUUUAUCAUUUUCAGGUAGGAUUUUUGUGGGUUUGAGACAUCAAAGUUAAUAAAACUGAUAAAUAUCAACAUAAUUAUCUGAAACUUGUUUUUUCGACAUUAUUUGUGAAAGGAUUUUUUGAAAAAAGUCCCAUUUUUCACUCCGAAAAAAUCAUCAUUCAAAAAAAAUUAAACCUCCUGGGACUUCAGAAAAGUGACACGAAACAAAAAGUUUUUGAAUAAUUAUUCCAUGUUUUUCAGAAAAAAAAACGAUUUGAAAUAUUUUCCCCAAAAAAUCUAUUACAAAUUUCAGGCUCCAAAAGAUCACAUAAUCCGCCUGACAUUCGAUGUUUUCCAACUUCCACCAAGAAUUGGAGUGUGAGUUUUUUCUCCCUUUCUUUUUGACCAGAAAGAUAAUAUUUCCAGAUGUUCAUCUUCGCUGAAAAUCUACGAUCACACAUCUGAUGGAUUGAUCGAUGUUGGAGAACGCGCCGAUUUCGAAUUUUGUGGAAAAGAAAUUCCGCGUGGCAAACAGUUCUAUUCAAAGUGAGAAGAUCGAAAAAAAUUCGGAAAAUGAAUAAGUUUUUCAGAGAUGAGCACAUGUUAGUUCAAAUUCGUCAUUCAAGGGAUAGUUCUCGUGGAUUCUCUGGAUCUUUUGAGAUAAUUCCGAAGAAAAAUUACACGUCGGAAGCUACUGAAUUGGCUGAUUGUAGUUUCAGAAUUGAGAAAAAUAAGGUAAUUUUUUAAAUUUUGUGAUCAGGCCAACGAAAAAAAAAUAAUUUUUAGAAUUUUUGAAAUCAAAACUUUUUUUUGUUUCAGGCAAUAAUAUAUUCUCCCCAAUAUCCCUAUUUUUAUCCAUCAAAUGUUAAUUGCACAUAUCAUUUACCACAUCGAAAAGGUUAUCAAAUAAUUGUUAAUAGUUUAUUUAUGGAUAUUGGAAGAGAUUCGGUUUUGCAGAUUUUCGAAUCAAUUGAAGGAGUUUGUUUUUGUUUUGAAAAAGUGUUCGCAAUAAUUAUGUUUUUUUUAAAGAACUAUGAAAAACGUAUAAUCGAAAUGGCGAGCGGUUCGAAAAAGUCAAUUUAUGUCACUUCAACAACUUCUUUAUUCAUUUAUUUUUCGACUGGAAAUAACAUUGAAAAUAGGGUUAGUUUCGAAUUUAUGAGUAAAAAAUGUGGGAAAAACAAGUUUUGACGAGAGGGAAAUUUGGUUUUUGAAAAAAACAGUGAUCAAUAUUUUAGAAACGUGAACUGGACAGAUGUUUCGGCAGGUUUUCCUGAUUCAGCAGAAUUAUCAUCAAAUUCUGUUGGUCCACUUAAUCCAUCAGAUCUAGCAUACGAAGGGAGUCCCCAGCCAGAAUUUUUAGAAACUCAAUUCCCUGAACCUCUUUGAAAAUGUUCUAGUUAAAAUUUAUCAUAAAAAAAUGAGAAAAAAAUCUAAAGCUUCCCGAGUUAAAAAUUUUUCUCCCCCAAACCUAAAGCACUUUUCAUUCACUAAUUUUCUCCACUUUUGUCCCUCGUUCCCAUAAAAACUUGUCGACCUCUUGUUUUUUGUCUGUCCAUCUUUAUUUUCUUCUUCUUCUUCUUCUUCUUUUCAACAUAUUUUUGCAGGCCGUUGGCUUCGUAAUCGAAUUGCAGUACUCGAAUGCGGUUUGGAGCCAAUCUUCGGGUAAGUUGUGUUGAACUGCUCCAAAAAAGAUGAGAAGAAAAAAGAAAGGAAAAGAAAAGAGGUGGAGCAAAAAAGGAGAGCUUUUUCGUUUUUUUUUUUCAUUUUAUACACUUUGUGUCUAUGCGGUUACGCUUAUGCGCUGCUAUGCUUUUGAAACAUUAUUAUUAUUAGAUUACUGUAAAUUGUUUUUCAUAAUAUUUUUGAUAAGUGGUGAGUUUUUUCAUUUUUAUUUGUUUUCUGGAUCUAUUCGGGGUCUUAUUGUAAAUUUCCUAAAUCUAGACUCUAAGCCAAGAAUCGCUAAGCCCAAGUCCUAAGUCUAGAUUCCCUACUCCAAAAAUAACAUCCAACUUUUUUAAUUUUGAAAAAAGUAAUUUCCAUUUUGUCAAAAUUUACAAUUGAGUUCUCCUAACUCCCAACCUUCUCCAUCUAAAAAUACUUGUUUUGCUUUUUCUCCGAAAAAAAACAACCAAAUUUACAUCAUCAUUAAAAUUCUAUUUUCUUUCCCACACAUAAAAAAAAGACAAAAUCAAAUUUCAACACAAGAGUAUUUAUUUAUUUUUCCCCGCCAUCUACAGUAGGAAAUUUAACGGAAAUGUUUGCAGGAACUUCAUCGGAAUGUCAAUUGAACAUCAAUUCGGAAAAUGUUAAGGAAGGAAAAGUAUCAUCGGAGAGAAUCGGCAAAUUUGCGAGUUCUUCGCUGCCAACAAAAUGUCGAGUUGUAUUUCAGGGCAAGUUUUGGAACAAGAAUUGAUUUAAUCAUUUAUGAUCUUCUGUAUUUCAGGUUAUCCAAAUGAGAAAAUAAGUAUACAAUUUACACAUUUCAAACUCUAUGUUCCGGAUAAUAAAAAUGUUUCGGAAAAAUGCACGGAUAUCGAUAAUGUGUCUGCAGAUGUUCGAGUUGAAUCAAGACUUUCUCGAAUUGAUCAAUGGUGUGGAGAUAAGAAGCCACCGAAUUUGAUGAGUAAUUCGAAUUUGUUGCAACUUGAAUAUAACACAAAGGUUUGUCAGAUGCAGUUAAAUAUUUUAGGGCUGGUGAUAGAAAUUUGGAUAAACGUUUUGAUUUUUCUGAAAAUUAUAAAGAAAUAAUUUCGAAACGUAUAUUUUUCGUUAUUUAAUUCAAAGCUAACAUUCACACGUUUUUAAGUGAAAACUUACCUCUAAAAAUAUGUUGAUUCCAGAGUUCCAAAUCAAUCCGUGACAGCAUUGGAGAUGACAUCGGAUUCCGAUUAAAUUAUAAAUUCCACACUGGUUGGAAUAUGGGAGGAAUGCAAGCUAAAGUCGAAAAAGAUGGCUGUAAAUUUUCAUUUAAUUCGAGUGAACAUGCAAAUGGAAAAUUGUAUUCGCCAAAUUAUCCAGGACUUUAUCCAAGGUAGAAUAUAGGAUUUUUUCUUCAAUUUUUUAAAUCAAAAUUUUUCAGAAGAAUGCGAUGUGAAUAUAUUUUUCACGGUCGAAACGAUCAAGUUGUUCACAUUCAUUUCGAAUAUUUUGAUGUUGAAGGUUUCAAUCAAUGCGAUACAACAACUCAAAGUGAUUAUAUAUUAUUUUCCAAUUAUCAAACACAUGACAGAACAAAUCGGCGGUUUUGUGGAAAAGUCCCACCAAAAGGUCCCAUUUUAUCCGAAUCCAAUUAUUUUCGAAUGAUUUUCGAGACAAAUGAGAUAUUUGAUGCGACUGGUUUUUAUGCACAUUACCAAUUUAUCACUCAAGAGAAAUCUCAAAUUAGUCGGGUUAAAUUAACUGUAUCAUCGCUUUCUACUUCUAUUUCUUAUUAUUUUUGUAAUGCUAUUUUAUUUGUGAUUUUAUUUUUCAUAUAGCUUAGCUAGUUAGCUUAAAUAUGUAGAUUUUUGGAUGUGAUAAAUAAUCAUGAAUAAAUAUAUUCGAAUAUAAAACCAGUUUAAUCUUGAUUUCAAAAAGUAUAAAAACUGUGAGAAUUUCAAUUGUAAGUAUUAAAUGUUUGGUAGCAAUUUCAUUUUAAAUACCUCUUAUAUUUUUCAGAUGUCGAAACCCGGCUCUUAUUAUUUCGUGACUGCUGCCAUUUUUGGAUGUUCGUUGAUUGUUAUUUCGGCAUUAACAACAUUAUAUUCGAUAACUUCGGAUAUUCAACAAUUUGAACAAGAUUUCAUCUCGGAAAUGGUUGAAUUCAAAUCGCGUGCAAAUGAUGCUUGGGAAAAAAUGAUGAUUGGAAGAGUUUCGGAAUCAAGCUCGGUUACUUUUGGAAGAUAUAUUGCGAAAAGAGAUGCUGGAUAUGAUUCGGGAAGUUCAGCUGAUUCUGGUUCUGGACAAUGUAAUUGUGCUGCUCAAUCAACUGGUUGUCCAGCUGGGCCACCGGGACCACCAGGACAACCUGGAACACCGGGAGAUGCUGGAGAUGCUGGAACACCAGGAGAAGCCGGAUCUUCUGGACAAGCUGAUUCGUAUGCUGGAUCUGCUGGAAACUGCAUUCAAUGUCCAGCUGGGCCACCUGGGCCACCAGGACCUGAUGGAAAUCCCGGACCUGCCGGACCUGCCGGAGGACCAGGACCUGACGGAAAUGCUGCUGAACCAGGAGCUCCUGGACCAGCCGGGCCUGCUGGACCACCAGGACCUGAUGGAAAACCAGGAUCACCAGGAACAGAUGGAGCACCAGGAUCUGAUGGAACUAAAAGCACAAAUUCGCCAGGAGCCCCAGGACCAGCUGGACCGCCAGGACCUGCAGGAGCGCCGGGAGCACCAGGAGAAGCUGCUGCAAGUCCACCAGGUCCACCAGGACCUCCUGGACCAGCUGGAAAAGAUGGGGGACCUGGAGGACCAGGAACACCAGGAACUCCGGGAGCUGAUGGUGCACCAGGAGCUGAUGCUGCAUAUUGUCCAUGUCCACCAAGAUCGGCUGCGGCUGGAGGUGGAGGUGGUGAAGGAUAUGCUGCUGGAGGAGCAUCUGGGGGAUCUGAUUAUCCAGCUGCUGCAUCUGCACCAGCGUCUUCAAAUAGUUAUUCUGGAAGUGCUGUUGUUCGAAGACGUCUUCGUCAAUAA